GGAGUAUAAAUACAGGAAAUCUGAGAAGGAACUUCGAGAUGACCAUAUCAAAACCAACCAACCAUGUUCUGCUUGAGAAGGUCAACAACAACAACAAGAUCGAUAUGGGAUGACACUAGAAGACUAGCAAGAAGAGCAUUCACUUCAACAACGACAGAGCGGAGUAGUAGUAUCCCGGGAUGGAUCAAAGACCUGGAGAAGAAACAGGGGAGCUUAUCACGACCAUCCCAGCCCAAGCUGACGAUCAUCAACAACCGACAGAAGGAACUCGAGGACCAGAUCAUCAUCUAUCAAGCGUCCAUGAAGGACGACUUCUCUGGCUCACCUAAUCGGAUCGGAAUCAGUAUCAUCGGGCUCUUGAUCACAAGUGGUUUAGUCGCCAAUCAGAUUCGUCAUCAUGGAGCCGGGCCAGUAUGGUCGGAUCCAAAGAGUGAUUGGCUGGAUUUCGAGCUCAAGCUUUGGGACCAAUCCACUCGAAUGGCAAUCUCGAUCGGACUGAUCACGUUCUCAUUCAUCAAAUCGUUGAAGUUCUUGUUCACCUUAACACACACGAUUAAACGGAUCACGAUUCCCAAGGAGCAUCUCACCCACCUCAAGAGGCUGAUUUCUUCGACCAGAAAACGGAACAAGCCGUUGAGCGAAGCGCAACUGAGCAGCCUACGGCUGACGUUCUACUCGAUAGGCUCACUGGAUCUGAUCGGGCCGCUGCGCCGUCUAUUCGGCUUCUCGAUCCAUGCCGGGAUCCCCUUGAGCCGUCUGCUGCGCCUCUCUCGACCUCUAGAGGAACAGACUCAAGCCUUCCAUCAACGUGCACUCUGGUUGAAGUUCUCUUCCUCCAAUCCCAAUCCUCCUCCUCCUCCUCCUCAGCCUCACCCUCGACCUCCCCAAAAAAAUACCCCUCCUCGUCCAGCUGAUCAUCCCCAACUCGGCCUCGAUCUUGCUCAGCUUAACUCCUUCGCUCUCCAAGUCCCCGCCGUAGGCCUCUGGGGUAACGCCAAGUUCGACUUGAGUCCUUCGGACAUCUUGGCCCUCUUCGAAGAAAAGAUCAAGUCGAUCGACGAUGUAACGACUCUCGCCAGACAAACCACUAAUAAUCAGUCCCAACGAACGGCUGAUCAGGCGUACUUAUCCGGCGCCCAAGAAGGCCUGUUGUAUACGCUUUUCGGACUCGAUUUCCGCCACUCGAUCGGCUUCAAUCUCUCGGUCCUGAAAGCCCAUCUUUCGUCCUAUUAUCAACGCCUUUCUUCGAAAACACUUUCCCGAAACUUGUGAUUGAUGCCCCAGCUUUCCCUUCUUGAGUACUUGCCUCUUUAGAGUUAGCUUCUAGCCGCCCCUUUUCUCUAUCGGGGAUCGAAAAAAAUCUUAGUGUUGACUUUCCCUGCUCAGCUUUUGUUCACAUGGUCAUCUAUAGACGUCUUACUCAAGAAUUGUUGUUAUACCCUCAACCCUCCCCCUCCCCCCAUAUCAAAAAAAGUCAAGUUCUCUGAACAUACAAUUAAAGUAACCCCAUCUCCCCAUGGAAAUGUAACCAACAUUAUCUCAUCUGGAAUAGGGCUAUCCCUUUCUCUUUAGGUUAGUGGGAUUAAGCCACUUCCACACAGAUUUGAUGCAAGUUACUUUCAACAACACUUGACUUGAUAAUAUUCCAUGCCUCCAUCACUACAACGAGAAAAAAGAACUCACUCAAGCACUACUAAGAUUCCCAUACUGUAAGGUCAACAUACAUCCAUGUGGUAUUAUGUCUACAAGCUAAGGUUUGCCAUCUUUGCUCA